CAGAUGAGAACUGGAAACAGCAACUGCUGCUUCAAAGGAAGAAGCAAUCACCAAGGGAAGGAAAGUGUGCAAAGGUCACAAUCGCUCGUCUUUGGCUAAAAAUGAUGUAAGAGCUGUAAUAUGCUUCGCCAAGACCAGGCUGACACCUACAUGACAGGAUGUUCACUUUUUGUAUGUAUUCUGUGGUAACCAAUCAGAUCCAUUUGACUGGUUUGACACAUGAGCUUCAUUUCCUUCACUUGCUGAUGAACCAACACAUUAUCAAAGAAGAGACCGAGUCAAGAUGAAGCUGUUUUGGGUUACUCUGCUUCUUUUUCAGCGAGGAUGCACACAUGUUCCAGUGACCACGGUUCAACUCGGUGAACCUGCGACCUUAAAAUGUGCUCUGCCCAAAAUCGAGAUCAGCCACCGAGAACUGAGCUGGUACAAGCAGAGCAACGGGGAUACUCUGACGUUAAUGGUGACUGUGCGGAAAGCUAUAAAACCCAUCUUCUCACCAGAGUUCUCAGAGUCAAGAUUUGAGGUCAAAUAUGACCACGACUCCAACAACCUGACCAUCCUGAGAACGAGUGAAGAGGACGAGGGAAUGUAUCACUGUGCGGUCACUGAGUGGAUCAGCAAAACUGAAUGGAGCGGAACUUAUUUGGUCGUCAAAGGAAACACUGAGAGGACAACAGAGCUGAGAGUCGUUCAGGAGCCGACAGUCUCUGAUCAGCUCCGUCCAGGAGACUUGAUGUCUCUGCAGUGUUCAGUCCUCUCUGACCCGGACAGUAAAACGUGUCCCGGAGGUCACAGCGUGUUGUGGUUCAGAGCCGGAUCACAUGAAUCUCGUCCAGACAUCAUCUACACUGCUGGAAACAGACGUGAUGGAUGUGAGGAGAGAUCUGCCUCUCAGAAAAGCUGUGUUCAUCACUUCUCUAAGAACAUCAGCUCCUCUGAUGCUGGGACUUACUACUGUGCUGUGGACACAUGUGGACGCCUUUUAUUUGGAGAUGGGACCAAAGUGGACGUUGAAGAUAACAGUAUCAGGAAGUUUUCACUGAAGGAAACCACAGUUACUUUUCUGCUCUGUGCUGCCUUGGCCCUCACGCUCAUCGUUAUAGCCUUCCUUAUUCAUGCCAUCAAGACAAACAACAACGCAUCUGAUGCUUUGGGAGAAAACUGUGAUGUUUGGAGAAGACAGAUGUUGGAGAGUUUAAAGAGAGAUCAGGUUUAUUCUGCCGUCGUCUUUACCGUGAUGAAAUCAAAGAAAGGAGCAAAAGCAGCGGAGAAAGAGAGGAUCUACGCCGCUGUGAAGGCUUUUGAGAUGGAUCAGUGAUUCAAUAGGGUCUGCUUUUUAGCACUUAGUUCUGCAUGGUCUACAUAACAGUCGUCUUAAGAUUCAAAGGGUGUAAUGGCCUGUUUGAUUGUUCUCAACAUUUUAUAAAGCAUUCUGAUUCACAAUGUGCUGCAACAUUUUAAAGACACACUUCUUCCUAAAAGUAGACAGCAGAGUAUUUUCUGUGGUAGAUCCAAAUAGAUGAAUGUACUCUUAAUUAGGGGUUGCACCUUCUUAUUUGUUCUCUACUCCCACACGUCCUGUGCUGGGUUGCAGGAGGUCGAGAGACGCUGUUUAGAUUGUUUUUUACAGUGUUUUUACUUGUUUGUCUUCAGUGUACAUUACAUAGACUGUAAAUGUUACUUCACAAAGCACGGAGGGAUGUCACCCGUCUGUUCCUGCAGGGGGCGCUGGAGUCCCAUCGAUGGCGGUCUCCAUGCUGGAAAUGCUGUCUCAGUCU